GUUUGAUCUUCUUCCCCACCCGCCUUCCUCUCAUCUUCCUACUUUGCUCGCACCUCCUCCAGUUCUCUCUCUCUCUCUCUCUCCCUCCAAUGGCGAAGAAGCUCGUGCACUACCUAAUGGUGGACGCAUUCACCGACACGGCGUUCAAGGGGAACCCGGCGGCGGUGUGCUUCCUGGAGGAGGAAGACAAGGACGAGGAGUGGUUGCAGGCAGUGGCCAGGGAGUUCCACAUAUCCAUAACUUGCUUCUUGACUCGAGCCGCUGCCGCCCCUGCCCCUGCCUUCGCCGCCUUGGGGACGGACGACUCGAGUCCGAGGUUCGGUCUCAGAUGGUUCACUCCAGUCGCCGAGGUUAACCUCUGUGGUCAUGCAACGCUAGCUGCUUCACACGCUCUUUUUACCUCUGGGAAGGUGGAUUCAGACACCAUCCAAUUUGUCACUUUGUCAGGAACUCUAACCGCUAGAAGGGUGACCGGGAUCGAGACAGCUGGCGCUUCAACGUUUCAGAACAGGGACGCACCAGGGUUCUUCAUCGAAUUGGUUUUUCCUGUUGUCCCGAUUUCAGAAUGCGACAGCGAGAACGCGUUGUCCAUCUCCAGAGUAUUCGAUGGUGCUUCCAUAGUCGAAGUCAAGAAGACGGCAAAAGAUGACCUCCUUGUCGUUUUCUCAUCAGGAAAAGCAGUUGAAGACUUGCAGCCUCAAUUUGAUAAGAUACGAAGUUGCGAAGGGAGGGGCGUUGUCAUAACAGGACUUGCUCAACCGGACUCGGGAUUCGAUUACGUCAAUCGGUUCUUCUGUCCAAAACUCGGGGUGAACGAGGAUCCAGUAUGCGGGAGCGCAAACUGUUUUCUGGCGCCUUAUUGGAGCAAAAAGCUGAGGAAAAAUGAUUUCGUUGUUCAUGCUGCGUCGCCUAGGGGAGGAGUUGUGAACGUGCGCCUGGACGAGCAAAGCCAGAUGGUCUUGCUGCGCGGGAAAGCUGCGACUGUGAUGACAGGUUCUAUUCUUGUUUAAAAAUUACUUCGAGCAA